UUAUUAGUAGUACUAAGUUUGCUAAGAAACAGUUGAAGUUUAAAAUUUAAGACAUUAUUUAAUCUAACAAUCAUUCUAUAGUUAUAAUCAUAAAAUUAUGUCUAAAAUUAUCCAAUUACCAUUGUUUAAUUUAAUAUUAGCAAUAAUAUUAAUUGAGUCUGAAAAUUUUGUAAAAUGUAACAACACUAACAUUAACAAUACUGAUUAUAACAGCAACAAUAGCGGCAUUAAUGUCAACAAUAGCGGCAAUAUAUCAAACCAGAGCGCCAUUAACAUCAACAUCAAUAGCAGUUUGAGUAAUAUACAGACUAACAGUAAUAACAUUAGCAACAAUAAAAUUAAGUUAUUUGAUCUACCUCCAAUUUCUGAGCUAACAUCUAAGAUGACUGGUCGUUGGUAUAAAAUUUAUGCAACAAGCUCAAAUAUGUUUAUCAAUUUGGAUAUUGAAAACGUAUUCGGCUCUAAUCCGCCUGAAUUAAAACUAGCAUUAAGUAACGAAAUUAAUGGAAAAAUCGUAAGAGGAUAUACAAUAUUAGAUCAAUUGAAUGGUAUGGAUGUUACCUAUGAUGAAGGUAGUCGUGUUAACUAUAAUAUAAUGGACUAUGAUUUUGAACGCUAUCUUGUAAUGAGAAAUACAAAAUCCAAAAAUGUUGAACUAACCGUUUACAGCCGAUUCAAUGAUCAAUCGCCAGAAAAGGCUAGACUAUUGAAUAAUAUUUACAGAAAACUCGAUCGAUUGGGUCUUAAAAUUAAUUUAAAACCAGUUAACAACAAAAAACCUAAAAAUCGACGAUUAGGUUAAUCUGGUUAACCGAUCAAUCAAAUAAUUACCGAAAAGUUAUAAAAUCAAAAUUUAUUGAAAAAAAACAAACAAAUAUUUUUUUAAUUAAUUAUUUUGUUUUGUAAG